AUGGCGGCGUCAACCGCCACAAUAGCAUCGCCUGGGCGGUGCAGAGCGUACCUUCUGAUCAGUACCUUCUACGGCCUUCAGGUCAAUACUCUCAAUGAUAUUGCCGUCCAUGACGACAGGUGGCGCCAAAGGAUUCGCCCCAAGCCGAAGCUACCUAACCAGGUUUAUAGCUUUGAUCCUGCAACCAAGGAUGUGCGUGUUAUUGCUGAUGGAUUUGGUCACCCUAAUGGCAUUACCUUCUCGUCUGAUCAGAAGUCUAUAUCACUGGUAGUACAGAGACCAAUGGUGAGGGCUCUAAGGAAGAUAACUUGCCUGCAACUUUUUCACACCAAAGGCAAUGUGUAUUCUGGCUAUGGUGAUGGCGUGAACAUGUGGUCACCUGGCGGUGCUCUCCUCGGAAAUAUUAUUGUUAAGAAUGGGACUUCCGAGUUCUCAUUUGGUCGCGGUGAUCGCAUUUAUAUCCUCAACCAGAACAAGCUUUACUCAGUGCAGUUGAACCAUAAGUAA